CUCUGAACGUGAGGACGUUCUGCGACGCUCCCGAGAGACACGUACAUACAUAUAUAUAUAUACACGUAUAUGUAUAGAUAUACAUAUACGUAUAUACACACGAAAAGAGAGAAGAGAGAGAGAGAGAGAGAGAGAUAUACAAAGAAGAUAGAGAAACUACGACACUUCGACGAGAACGAGAAAUACGAGAGCAUCGUUGUAUUACAUUCGAAAAACAUACCCUUGUGAAUUGUCGGUUACUUCUUGUUUGUGGUUUUUUUUUCUUUGGUUGUUACUUGCGAACAUCUUUCGUUAUCGCAUCCUCGUGUCUGUACGAACGUAAAUAUACAUACGGACACUCGAUCGUACACGUAUACAGAUAUAUGCGAAGAGACGCAGACGGUGUACGGAACAGAGGAUUUUGACCGAUUGCAGAGCGCUGCUUCGCGAAAUAUUACGCGUACAAUCGGCGAUAUUAAUUUAUAGUGCUGAUCGGUUUUUAAUAUUUUUCACCUUUGAAAAGUGUCGAUUGAAAUAUAUUAUUACCGUGAAGGUGUGCUUGUUUGACUUUGAAACUGAAGAACAAAGUGAGUCGCGGUUCGAUUGAUACGUAAUUACGACCGUUCACGUGGACGAAACGCGAGGAUGACGCGUGCGGCCGAAUUCAGGGUGCAAGGCUUCUGAGACUACGAAUGCAAGUGCUGGAGGAGUAUUUUCUUAUCGAGAUAAACGUACGUCAAGUACUUUGUAUGUAUAUUGUAUAUAAUUGUGUUGAUUACAUUUUAAAAGUGACGAGACGGUGAUACGUUGAAGGAAAUUGAACAAAAAAAAAACAAACUAUGACAAAUUGAAAGAUAUUUUGUUUGACGGUUGUUUGUUCGUUGUGAUAAUCGAGAAAUAAUAUAACCGCGUAACUUGAUGCAUGCGGAAAAAAAGUGCGGGAGGUAAAAUCGCAUCGAAUCGCCGAUUAAAUUUUUCAACUUUUUUUUCUAAUCAAACUUUGUCGAAAGUGAAAAACAAUUCGAAGGAAUAAUUCGAUGAUAAUAACAGCAGCGACGGAUAUUUGGAGUCAAGAAAAGGAAGCCCCUCAAUUUUAAAAAACCGAGCUCACGUCGCGGCCUCAAAAACUGGCGCAACAAUUGUGUGAGGCACGCCGGUUUAAAACCAUGUGCUAAGACGGCUGACGUUUGUUUUGCUCCUGACACGAGAGAGACGGACGUACAGAGAGGAAGAGAGAGAGAGAGAGAGAGAGAGAGACAGAGAGAUAUAUAUAUAUAUAUAUAUAUAUAUACAGAAAGAGAGGAACGGGGAGAUCAACAAAAAGAGAAAGAGAAAAAGAGGGAGAGAGAGAGAGAGAGAGAGAAGCGAGGCACGCGAAGCCGCGAUUGGCUCUAAGCUAGAAUUACGCGCAGCACGGUUUAUCAAAUUAUAACGAUUUGAAAAAUGUCCGCGAAACGGAAGGCGACAGCUAUAAUGCAGCAUCAUAAGGAGAAUAUUUCCACCCCAGAACCAUCAGACAUCUCCGAGGAUGACCAUUACUCGAGCGCGCUCAUGAAAGACGCGGACAAGCUGAAGCUGAUGCUGCUCGCGUGGAAUUAUAAUCUCCAACAACAGGCGCAGGCACAGGCGGCAACGGCUGCCCUAUCGCCAAAUAACUCUUCAACAACGACUGCCUCCACAAUUGGCUGUCCCACAACAGUCACCAGCCAAUCGGUCAUUUCCACGGCAAACAACACGAUUAACAACUCCACACUUACAGAUUCUCGAAAUGGCGGCUGUGAGAUUGGUGAGUUGGGGUCGGGGACCGUGCCAAGCCUCGGAUCGGUCGCCGGAGUCGGGGGCGAGGACAUGGCCUCUCUCUGGGCCUCGUACGCGAUGGGAUUGAAGAAGACGCCGCCGCCAGCGCCGUCAGCGACGCUCUCGCGCCUCGACCGCGACCGAGAAUCGAGCCCCGCUGGGGGUGAGGGUACCGGGAGUGCUCACGACGAGACCAGCAGCAGUGGAAACAAGGAGGACGAGGACGACGACGACGAGGACGGCGACGAGAGGCUAGACCCCAGACAUCACGAUCCGGAGCGUCUCAAAGCGUUCAACAUGUUCGUGCGACUAUUCGUCGACGAGAACCUGGACCGUAUAGUACCGAUCUCCAAACAGCCAAAGGAGAAGAUUCAGGCCAUCAUCGACAGCUGCACCAGGCAGUUUCCAGAGUUCGCUGAAAGGGCGCGCAAAAGGAUCAGGACCUACCUAAAGAGUUGUAGGCGUAACAAACGAGGCCGAGAGGGUGCGCCCUGGGAUCCCGCUCGACCGACACCAGCCCAUCUGACUUCAGUACAGGCGGAACAGAUAUUGGCAACUGCCUGCGAGAAUGAAAGCGACAACGCUAAACGGAUGAGAGUCGGAUUGGAGCCAGUUUCUCAACCUAUGCCUACGCUGCCCGCAGCUACGCAAACCGACGUCCGUGCCAGUCUGGACCAUUUCUCGAGCACGCCGGUCAAGUCGCUACCCGGUAAACGAGAAGACACGCCGCCGGCACCGUUGACAUCCUUGGCGCCGCUCACCAGUCUAGCCAACCUGCCAAACAGCACCGCGUCGACACCCUUGUCUCUCACACCCACGUCGAAGCUCCUCAAUCCCCCGGAAAACAAGGGCCUCAUGAGCCAAGCAACAAUAGUCAGUUCGUCGGUGGUGAACGGAGUCGCGAGUGGAGGUGCACCGACGGCAAUGUACAGGCCUAAUUUCACUCAGGCCUUCCAACGUACUGGCCCAACGACAGUUCCACCAACCCUUUCGGCGGGCCUUUAUCCCACUCAGAGCUUCACCUCGGGGCUCCUCAGCAACGGUACACCAAGACCAACAGACUUGAGUAUGAAGAAUACCAAACCAUUGCUUAGCCACAAACUGAACGCUACGGAAAUGACCGCAGUGAGACAGCUGAUAACAGGAUAUCGAGAAUCGGCAGCGUUCCUCCUGAGAUCUGCGGACGAAUUAGAACAACUGUUACUCCAGCAGCCCUAGAACUACAUCAUUCACGUAGCGUCAAUGCGACAGCUAGGUUUGCUACCGGAGCAUCCCUGAAAUUACGUUGUAUUACGUCAAGACGGACCGCUAUGCAGCACAGACACGAUGAGCGCGAUUAGUGGCUAAACACGGUACAUGCGACCACGAGAAUUCCUCGGGAUACUCUUUUUUUUUUUUUUGUAUAUUCUUUUACUUUAACCCAUUUGGUGGCAAUUAAUUCUUUCGGACAAGUAUAUGCGUAAUGCUACGCCGCUGAAACCGUAAUGGAAAUCUGGCAAGAAAGAGAGGGCGAGUGGGAUCGAAAGUGAAUAAAACGAUGCUACUAAUUUGGAACUUGAGAGUACGGGUAACCAGCAAUAAGGAACCCCAUGGAAACCUUACGGGAAUUGGCUGAAAUUUUAUUGCUCUGUAGUAUAUACCCUACCGAUCAAAAGUUUUCUCGAGCAGAAGAGUCAAAAGUCAGUAGUUUCGAAAAUACAGGCCUCGGAAGGGGGGCGCGCGGAUUUUUCGUUAUCUCUGGAUUAUGCGAUUUAUACGAAUUACAAAGCUUCAAGGGGGACUUGAAAUCAAAAGUAUUACUCAAAAAAACACGUGUGAAAAAUAGGACAAGUCGAUUAUUGCAAGAGUCGGAGGGUCAGGUUUUUCACGCGAAAUCUGACGUUGCACCUCCUUUCAGUAAACCAACGAGUUCAUUGAUGGAAUCAAUCGCAGCUUCCUGCCUAUCUUUGAGAAUCGACCGUGCGGUUUUUUGAGUGUUUUGUUUUAUUUCAAGUUCCCUCGAAGGUUUGUAAUUCAUCAAAAUCGCGUAAUACAGAGAUAUCAAAAAAUCCGCGCGCUACCCUUCUGAGGCCUGUAUCUCGGAAACUACUCAGUUUUGACACUUUUGACCUAGAGGGUAUGUAGUACAAUAUACUAAAAUUUUAACCAAUUCGACAGAGAGCCAAUUCCCAUAAGGGUUCUGCGGGGUCCUUUGCGGUCGGUGUUCGAAUCGGAAACAAGAAAGCCUUGUAAUCUCGGCUGAUUUUGCAGAACCUUGGUUGAAAUAAAACAUUUUAUUAUUCCUUUACGUUGCUCUGUUUCUUCGGGAAAAACCUGUUAGUUUUAUUUCGACAAAGAAAGGGGUAGAUAACGGGCCGGUGAUAAAAGGCGCUCGUCAAGGAAUUCAUUUCACUUUCAUGGCAACAAGAGUAUUCUUUCGCAAAUAAGGGUUUUUAUCGAUCUUCGUUAAUCGCAAGACACAGUGAUGGGACAUUUUAGUUCUUAUAUACAUUCAUUUACAUUUGGCUGUUUAUUUAUGAACCAAGAUCAAAGGGAGUGGCAAGGCAAGCUGGCGGGGGGAAAAAAAAACAAAAGAAAUAGAGGAACAUAAAGAACUGCCGAUGAGUUGAACGGUUGUAAAUAUUACCGCCUCUGCAAAACGGUUGUGUAAUUUUGUGCAACUGGAUUGUAUAUUCUAAUAACAAUUUUUCAUUUUACGAUGGUAAAGUUUUUCUCUUAUUACCGUAUAACUCGCUGUACGUGAUUGGUGAAAAUAUUUGAGGAAAGAAAUGCCUAGAUCCUCGUUCCCCCCCAAAUUGAAUCUAUCUACCUGCAUCGAGAUGAGUUAAUUCAUUAUUAUUAUUAUUUUUUUUAUUAUCGAUAUUAUUAUUGCAACUAUUAUUAUUGUAAUAAUUAUAUUACUAUUAUAAAAUUGUUGUAAAUUUGUUUACAAGCGUAAUAUAGAUUAGCAUACUAAGGACAAUUAUAUAUGUCAUGUAUAUGAUAAUUUACUAAAAUUAAAUAAAAGAGUUCCGCGCAUAAGGUAGAAAUUAUUAUAUUAUAUAAUAUUGCAAAUGAUAUUAUCGAAGAAUAUAUUAGUAUGAAAUCAUAAGAAUUACUAUCAUUAUUAUUGCUAUUAUUAUUAUUAUUAUUAUUCUUAUUAUUAAUAACAUUAUUUUCAAUAUUAUUAGCGAUUGAUUAAGAAAACUAUCAAAACAGGGUGUAUAUAAAGAGGAAUUAUGAAUAUUUACUUAAUUAAUAAGUUAAGAAGGAAAACGUGAAAAAGAGGUCGAAUGAAAGAGAGGUAGAGUAAGAGAGAAACGAGAGAGUGUAAGAAUGUAAGAAAGAAAAAAACGAGAGAGUGAGGCGAAUCAUACAAAAUUAUUAAUGUUCGAAAGUACUAGUAUUUUUCAAAACGAUUCUAAGGAACUAUAAUAAUAGAUUAACUGUAGAAAUGGUGAAAUAACGAAUUAUCGAAUGUAAAGGUUUAUUUACUGAACGAAAGUAACGUGUCUGAAUUUAUUUGCGCGCGGUGCAACGUGAAAUCCGAGGAAAUGUGUUUCACGCGAUACGUAUUUGAGAAAAAAGAUUAAGAUCGCGCGGCGAAAAUUGUAACUAUCGUCAUUUCAUUCGUUUAUUAAGAAAUUUCCGAUUACUACGAAAUUGUUUUUAAUUGAGAUAUAUACUAGCGUAAGUGCACAUAUUUGUCGAGAAAAAAAGAUUGAGAGCGAAGUGAAAGGUACAGCGAAGUCGAAGGAAUAUGAAUCUUCGUUCGAAGCGACGGGCGUACGAAUUCUGUAUUUGAGCUAUACAUGCAUAUGUAUAUGAAUUGCAUACAUAUAAAUACAAGAAAGAAAAUAUAUGAUAGCAUUAUGUAUAUUAUAUGUAUAUAUGCAUGUAUGUAUGUAAGCUUUGGUUGCCAUGACCAAAUUUGGUUGAUUCUGACCUUCUCUCGAACGGGAAACGUUUUAAACGAGGAUGUACGCAAUCCGACAACCCAAGUAUAUUCAUAUGUAUAUGGGCUCACCGCAAGAGAAAAACAAAGAGAAGAGAAGAGAAAAAAGAAAAAACGAACAUUCAAGUACAUGUUAGACAGGCUGGCUGAAAUUCGGUAAUCUAUGAGAUGAAAUUAACUGCAAUGUUUCCGAGUCACAUUGUACAUAGAAUAUAGCUAACAAUAAGAUAAAGAUUACGAUUAUUAUUAUUAUUAUUAUUAUUAUUUUUAUUUUUAUUUUUAUUAUCAUUAACACUAUGAUUAUUAUGUAGAUUUUGUAGUGCCACGAUGUGUAAAAAAAAAACGGUUUCCUUACUUGACGAAACGCUCCAUUGUAAACCAAAAUAAAUAUGAGUGAGAAGUCGCACAGAUGAGAAUAAAAGAUUAUAUAAUACGUGUGUCUAAGAGUAAAUGAAAACAGUGGAAAUGUUUCGUCAUGACCGGAUUGUGUAGAGUCUUCAAUGUAGCAUCACCAAGUUACCAAAGAAUAAUAAUUAUAUAGACUUGAUCGUCAAUUGUCCCAUUACAGCUUCUUUGAAUCUCUUAGUAUUCGCCGACUUUCUUCUUUUACACACUUCGAUGUUAUACAUACCUAUAAUAUUAUAUAAUACGUACGUCUUUACAGCUGAGUUUUUUAUCUUUGGAUUUUUUUUCACCCCGAACAUAUUAAGGAUGAUGAAUGGUGCUCUGAAAACGAGUAAAAAAUAUAAUUACAUAAACGAACGGUCUGGGAAGAUUGGAAGA